AUGGCUGGGAACAACCAGUUUCUGUCGAUCGCCGGCUGGUGGUUCCUGCCCACAGUUGUCGCGUACAUCCAGUCCUUUCUGUACUCGCUCUUCAUUCGCGCCGGCGAUCCGCGUCCUCAGCCCGGCUCUCCCAAAUUCAUAAAACACAGAAAGAUCAUCCACACGCUGGUCAUCGUCGCCUACCUCGUUUAUUCUAUCUACGAAGCCGACUGGGAGCUGCAGCGUGCCGGCAAUUUCUACCACGCCUUGGGGGUCCCCAUCGACGCGACCGAGAAAGCCAUAAAUUCGAAAUUCCGAAGGCUCACUAUACUACACCACCCAGACAAGGUCGCCGCCGCCGAAGCUCGCCCUGCCGCUGAAAGAUAUUAUGUCUUCCUCAAACUGGCUCGCGACACCCUCGUCGACCCAGCUAAGCGCUUUGCAUACGACCGCUUUGGGCCGAGUGUAGUGGAAUGGAAGCAUUGCAUCACCAUUCACGACUUUAUCAUGCACGGUGUGCAAAGCAGUGCCCCGUCAUACCUGGGUGGCGCCUCCGUUAUGGUGAUGCUGGGAAUGUUGGGAUACUUCGAGCAUGGACGUUACUGGCGCUACCUCGCAUUCGCGGCUCUCGUUGUCUUUGAAGCGCACACAAUAACGCGACCCGACUUCCCGCCAUUACUCACCAAGAUCCUGAAUCCGAUUGUCUCCUUUUCCCACCUCCACCAGCCCUGGCUACCGUAUCAGAUCCUCACCGUCGUCCGCAGGGGCACCUUUGCCCUUUUCAUCGCCAUGAAUCAGCUCGCGCCUUUGAUGCAGGACCCACGUCGCAAUCUGCAAAACCAAAACAACGCUUCUGCGCAGCAGGAGCAGCUCAACCGCCUGACUCAACUGGCCGUCGCAACUGACCAGGAUGCUCUGCGGCUGAUCGGUCUUGAGACCAUGCCAUUCCAGGGAGACGAUGGUGAGAAGGAGCUCAGGACCAAGAUGAAGGACUGGAUCGUGCAGAACAGCAUCAGAAACGACCCGGUCGUUAGAGAUGCCAUGGGUCGCGCGGUAGCGAGGAAGAGGCAAAAUGCGCCAGCAGGCGCGAGAGGGACGACUUAG